GCUGUGCUAACAUGAUUGUACAAGGGUUUUCUAAUCAUCCAUUAGCCUUCUGAGGCAAUGAGCAAACACAUUGUACCAUUAGAACACUGGAGUGAUAGUUGCUGGAAAUGGGCCUCUAUACACCUAUGGAGAUAUUGCACCAAAAACCAGACAUUUGCAGCUAGAAUAGUCGUUUACCACAUUAGCAAUGUAUAGAGUGGAUUUCUGAUUAGUUUAAAGUGAUCUUCAUUGAAAAGAACAGUGCUUUUCUUUCAAAAAUAAGGACAUUUCAAAGUGACCCCAAACUUUUGAACGGUAGUAUAUAUAUAUAUAUAUAUAUAUAUAUAUAUAUAUAUACAUACACAAAAAUGGAAUCAUUUGCUGACAGCUCAGUCCCCCCCAGUUCAAAAAUCCUAUCUUCGCCCCUGGUUAGGUUAACUAACCCCGCCUUUCGCCCAUAGUCAGCUGGGAUAGACUCCAGCUCGCCUGCGACCCUGUAGAACAGGAUAAAGCGGCUAGAGAUAAUGAGAUGAGAUGAAAUGAAGUAGUUACUCAGGUAUAUUCCACUAACUGCUGAAUCAUGAGUCAGAAUUGAAAAGUUGUUUGUGCUUUUGUAAUGAUUUGAUGUAAUUUGAAACACAAAAACUUUUUUUUUUAAACAUGAACUUUUUAAAAGAAAGAAAACACUAAUCUUGGGAAUCAUUCGAAAGAAAGCGUGGGGAAAAAAACCCGAUUACAGGUAGGUAUUGCACUUAAAUUCUUAGUGUGCACCAAACCGGAAGUGUGCGCGCUGAAUUCCGUCCGUACGGAAACGUGGAUCCAGUGUUUCGCUCGUGUUCAGUCCGAUCUUUUAUUAAAGUCUAUGGGAUUAAAUAAACUCAGUGUGCGCCGUGUUUGUGUAUUAUUAUUAUUAGUUGCAGUUGUAACUUGGACCUGGUAUUUUAUGAAGUCUGAAGCGCCUUCCAGAGCCUCAGCAGCAUCAAUGGCUGAGCGCACUGUGGGCUACUUCCUGAAGACAGGCGCUUUAAAGGAGCGCAGUGCUGCGGAUAUCCGGUGGGCGCAUGCAGCCAACAGUAAGCGCAGGAUCAGUGAAGCGCUGCGAGAUAGCACACACAUGAUUGAAGCUGAUGUACUUCUCCGGGGUCGUGAACCAAAGGAACCAAUCAUGGCACAUCCACCAGAUAACGACAGUGACAUCACACUGCAAGACUGGCUGAAAAUGGUGGUGAACUCAGACAAAGGGAUCAAACUGGACUUUAAAAGCCAAGAAGCAGUGGUGGAGUCAAUGGCACUCCUGGACAAGGUUCGAGAUCAGCUGAAGGGGCCUGUGUGGAUCAAUGCAGACAUCCUGCCAGGGCCUGGAGGCACGAACGCACCUUUAGAUGCCCAGGCUUUUUUACAAGCAGUGGCUAUGAAAGCAGAAGGAGAUGUGCUUUCUUUGGGCUGGACCACUGGGUGGUCUCCGAAUAAAAACAACCCCGGUUACAGCUGGGAGAUGGUUCAGCAGAUGGAAGCGGUGUGUAAAGACCUGACGCAACCUGUGACGUUCCCAGUACGAGCAGCUCUUUUACCCCAGUCCUUUGCUCAAUUCCAGUGGCUCCUGCAGCAGUCGGACAGAUACACUUUAACCAUAUGGACAGGCAAGAGUGACGUCCUGAAUGUGGAGGAUCUGUUACCCUACAGGCAAAACUUCAGCAAGUCCAGAAUCUACUACGACCUCUUAGAGAGUCAGAUUUCAAAGUUUAAAAGCUUACCUGGGUACACCGUGUCAAAAUUAGAACAGAGCUAGAUGUUACUUUGCAUUAAAUUGGCUACAGGACGUGAGGAAUGUGUGUUGGAGCAGAAAUCAUGCCUCGCUAUGAUGUGUCGUCUACAAAGUGUAUAGUACACGCAUUAUUACAUGGACUAUAUAUCGUCAGUGGAUUAAUACCAGGCACAGGGUUUUUAACGUUGAGUGCACUAUACGAUAGCACGUGUCUACAAGACAUACCUGAGCUGAAUAAUAAAAUGCAUAUUUAACUACUGUUUAUUAAAUGGUGUGGGGUUCCCCCCCAAUAUUAGACAAUUUA